AGCCAUCCUCCUCGUUCUUCUCACUCAAGGGAGGACCAGAACCACACAGUAUCCUCGCGGUCGCCGAGACCAGGCGAGUAUCCCAACUUAUAAUUUCGACUCAGGAGUAGACACCAAUGUAGAAGAAGUCCCAGCUCUAUAUUUUCCUUCUUCAAUGGAAUGAGCCUCCCUUCCCUUACUUUAUCUGCACGGUAACAGUUUUUUUGAGGAGGCGUUAAUGCACGGACUCACACGAAUGGGAAUACACACAGCAGCGCCAAACUCACAAUGCGCCCCGAGUGAAGACGGACAGUGACAAUACAGAGCUGCGGGCAGAGUAAGAAGCUCGUAUUUUCCGUGGUGUUUUCCCAACUCGGUCACAGUAGUACUUCUGGACAAUUGACUUAUUGAUACAAAAAAAAUUGCUUAACUGCGCGGGCAAGUCGCCUAUUUGAUCCACAACGCAGCCAUGACGUCUCCGGCGAAAUUCCGAAAGGACAAGGAGAUCGUGGCCGAAUAUGAAACUCAAGUUAAAGAGAUCCGUGCCCAGCUGGUGGAGCAGCUCAAGUGUCUGGACCAGCAGUGUGAGCUGAGGGUGCAGCUCCUGCAGGACCUGCAGGACUUCUUCCGGAAGAAGGCUGAGAUCGAGAUGGACUACAGCCGCAACCUGGAGAAGCUGUCGGAGAGAUUCCUCACCAAGACACGCAGCACCAAGGAACAUCUGCUCAAGAAGGAGCAGAGUGUGUUGUCAGCGGUCAACUGCUGGAACCUGCUGCUGGCGCAGGUGAAGAGGGAGAGCCGAGACCAUGCCACCCUGUCCGACCUCUACCUCAACAACAUCAUCCCGCGCUUCGCCCAGGUCAGCGAGGACUCUGGACGCCUCUUCAAGAAGAGUAAAGAAGUGGGCGUACAGCUCCAAGAGGACCUGAUGAAGGUGCAUAAUGAGCUCUAUACGGUGAUGAAGACGUACCACGUGUACAACACUGACAGCAUCAACGCCGAGUCUAAGCUGAAGGAGGCGGAGAAGCAGGAGGAGAAGCAGAUGGGGCGCUCCGGUCGCCAAGACGACAGGCAGACCCCCCGCUCCCCGGACGCCCUGGCCAGCAUCAAGACGGAGGACAAACACGUCCGGCGCUCCAGCGUCAAGAAGAUCGAGAAGAUGAAGGAGAAGAGGCAGGCUAAAUACACAGAGAACAAGCUGAAGGCCAUGAAGGCCAGGAACGAGUACCUGCUUGCUCUGGAAGCCACCAACAGCUGCGUCUUCAAAUACUACAUCCAUGACCUCUCCGACAUCAUCAACUGCUGUGACCUGGGCUACCACGCUAGCUUGCACCGCGCCCUGCGCACCUACCUGUCCGCCGAGCUCAACGUGGAGGCGUCCAAACACACCGGCCUGGAGGGCCUGGAGGGGGCGGCGGAGUGCCUGGAGCCCAACGGGGACAAGCAGAAGCUCAUGGAGACCUACAACAACGUCUUCUGUCCGCCUGUCCGCUUCGACUUCCAGUCGCACAUGGGGGACACGAUGGGUAUGAUGUGUGCCCAGAUGCCAUUGGAGGAUGAGCUGCUUCAGAGGCGUCUGCAGCUGCAAUCCCGCCUCUCGACCCUCAAGAUCGAGAACGAAGAGGUGAAGAAGACCAUGGAGGCCACGCUGUCCACCAUCCAGGACAUGGUGACGGUGGAGGACUACGACGUGUCCGAGUGCUUCCACCACAGCAACAGCAUGGAGUCGGUCAAGUCCACCCUCAGUGAGUCCUACCUGAGCAAGCCCAGCCUGGCCAAGCGGCGGGCCAAUCAGCAGGAGACGGAGCAGUUCUACUUCACGAAGCUGAAGGAGUUUCUGGAAGGCAGGAACCUGAUCACCAAGCUGGAGGCCAAGCAUGACCUCAUCCAGAAAACCCUGGGAGAGAGCCAGAAGACCGACUGUUGCCUUGCCAGCGGACGGAGAAACUCAGCCGUGCGGAAGCAGGACUCGGGUCAGACCAUUCCUCUGAUGGUGGAGAGCUGUAUCCGCUUCAUUAGUCGCCAUGGCCUGCAGCAUGAGGGCAUCUUCAGAGUGUCUGGCUCCCAGGUGGAAGUGAAUGACAUCAAGAAUGCCUUCGAGAGAGGUGAGGAUCCGUUGGCAGGGGAUCAGAAUGACCACGAUAUGGACUCCAUCGCUGGCGUCCUGAAGCUCUACUUCAGAGGACUGGACCACGCCCUAUUCCCCAAGGAGGUCUUCAAUGAACUCAUAUCCUGUGUCUCUAUGGAAAGUCUCCAGGAGAGAGCAGUCCACAUCCGCAAGGUUCUGCAGUCUCUGCCCAGCAAGACCCUCAUCAUCAUGAGAUAUCUGUUUGCCUUCCUCAACCACCUGUCCCAGUACAGUGAGGACAACAUGAUGGACCCCUACAACCUUGCCAUCUGCUUCGGCCCCACGCUGAUGUCGGUCCCGGAGGGCCACGACCAGGUGUCCUGCCAGGCGCACGUCAACGAGCUCAUCAAGACCAUCAUCAUCCACCACGACGGCAUCUUCCCCGGGCCCCGGGACCUGCAGGGGCCCGUGUACAGCGCCCCCGGAGCCCUGGAGGAGUUCUGUGACAGCCCCCACUGUGAGGCCCCCCUGGUCGACCUUUCUGCCCCCAACACCCCCACUGUGGUCCAGAUCAGUGACGACGGCUCCUUGGGCGUUUCAGAGUCCGACCCCAUCGAGGCCGUCGCUCGCUUCGACUACACCGGGCGAACCAAUCGGGAGCUCUCGUUCAAGAAGGGCGCCUCCCUCCUCCUGUACCAGCGAGCCACAGACGACUGGUGGGAGGGGAGACACAACGGAGUGGAAGGACUGGUGCCGCACCAGUACAUCGUGGUCCAAGACAUGCCUGAUGGCGGCCGGGGCAGCCCCAAGCCUGAUGUAGAGUCCCGGGACCUGCUGGAGGAGAGGGUCUCGACUAGAGGCAGCGCUGCCUCCCCCACCGGAGCCCACGUAGCUGACAUCUACCUAGCCAACCUGAACAAGAUGAGGAAGCGGCCAGAGUCCGGCAGCAUCCGGAGAGCCCUCCGGGGCUCCGAGAGCGACGGCACCAGCCCCGGCGCGGGCCCCGGGGCCCGGACCGCCUCCCUGCCCGUAGGGGCGGUCAUGGCCAAGGAGAGCGGAGACAAGCGGCCAGUGAGCGCCCACAGCAUCCUCAACUCCAUCACGCGCCACGCCUCGCUCAAGACCAAGGUGGAGAGUCCGCAGAUGCGUAAGACGUCCUCCGCCGGUCGCUCCAAGAGCUUCAGCAACCACCGACCCCUGGACCCCGAGCUGAUAGCCCAGGUGGACCACAGCUCCCAGGACAUCGAGGCGGCCAUGAGCUCGGCCCUGAGCGAGCUGCGGGAGCUGGAGAGGAAGAGCGCCUCCAAGCACAGGCCCGCGCCCGACGUGGUGCUGGACACGCUGGAGCAGCUGAAGGGGGUCUGCGGCGGCGGCGGGGGCGACCGGGGGGGGAGCGGGGGGGCGUCGGAGCCCUCCAGCCCGCUGCACUCCCGCCUGCUGCGGGACGGCGAGGGGGGCUCGGCCCACGGCCACCCGCUCCAGCGCAGCGUCUCCUCGGCCAGCGACGUGCCCUCCUCCUUCCGGCCCAUCAAGACCCAGCUGCGGAGCCCCCUGCCCUCCGCCACCUCCCCCUCCCUCUCCCUGUCCUCCUCCUCCUGCCUCUCCUCCUCCGUGCCCUCCUUCCGGGAGUGCCGGCCCCCCGCCACGCGGCCCAAGCCCGUGGUGUUCCCCAAGGGGGGCAGCGGCGGGGGCAGCCCCGUCACGGGCUCCCCCACCUCCAGCGUGCCCCCUCCCCCGCCCUCCCCCCACACACACUCUGUGCCGCCGCCGCCCCCUCCGCCCCAGUCCAACGACAAGUCCUGUCCGGCCUAG